CUAGACGGCUACCGCAUGCAUUAUGGCUAUCGGUGAACGGGUACGGUUUCGUACCACCAAAUUCUGUUUUGAGCUAACUGGAUUACUUCCCCUGAAAAAUGGCGGAAUUUAGUAAUGUGCAAGAUGCAUACGAAAAUUUAAGGCAACACGAGUUGCAGACCAACAGCAGAUAUGCUUCUUCUAAGGUUACAAAGGAUUUCGGAAAGAUUGGUUUGGAGACAGCUAAGAAAGUGUUUUGGGAAGACCCUUCCGAGGUGUUGCAUGGGAGAAUUAAUUUCAGUGGUACACCAUUUGUAAUACUCGGAAGGAAAAUAUUUGACUGCCAGUUUGGUAAAAACAGGAAAGAAAAACGUAAAUUGCAAAAAGAUCUUGAAAGGAGAGAUGAAGACCACAGGUACACAAAAGGAAAGAAGUUUUUGAUGCAAGACUCUAAGAAAAUUGGUUGCCCUGCGAGAUGUGUAUUUAGGGAAAUAUGCAGGUUCCCCACAUUUACGGCCAUUUGUAUGAUAAAGGUGAAUUUAAGAAAAAGAUUCCAAAAGUUGAAAGAUUCCAGUUCAAUCUAUUCAGUGCAUUAUGUGAUACCGUCUGUUGCAAAUGAGGAUUUGAAAUCUUUUUUCGAAGAGGAAACAGGUCAAUCGGAGAACUAUAUUUAUAAAGUGAUGGUGAAGGAGGCAAUGAUAACAAUAAUGCAGGAGGCCAUAGGUGACGAAUAUGAAAAUGUGGACGUGGAGCUGCGGAAAACAGAGGGGAAAACUACAAAUAAAUCCAAUUCACUUCUGUUGAAUUAUAUCAUGAACGACAGAGAAAAGUACAUCCAAUUACACAAGAGGAAUUAAUGCAUGAUCUGCUCCAUUACAAGUUAUUUGUGACACUAUAUUGAUCUGAAUUCAUACGACUAGAGGUCGUUAAAGUCAAGUACCCAGGACUUUUAUUUUCCUGCUGUAACAAUUGCUCUACAUUGUCUAAUAUGUUGAAAGAUUUAUUUCACGUGACCAUGCAGUUGAAAGAUGUUACACCAUAUGUUCUUCAUGAUUGUGCGUGAUCAUGCAAGUGUGUUGAUUGGAAAUAAGUUAUUGCAGAAUUAUAUUCCCUCAUUUCAAGUGCACCAUUUAACUACUGCAUGGACUGUCGUGACAAUUUGCAUGGGUGUUCCUUGGAUUAAAUUCAUAUUCAAAUAAAUGUUUAGAAUUGGAUAUGAUUGUAACUUUUCUGCACGGCUGAUAUUAUUAUAAAGUUUUUUAUAUGUAUUGCAGUCAUUUCUGAUUAACUCUUAUUGUACCCCCCGACAGCAAAGUUGUAAGGGGGGGUAUACUGGUUUCAGGUUGUCUGUCUGUCUGUCUGUCCGUCUGUCCGUAGACGCAAUCUUGUGCGCACCAUCUCUCCUUAUCCCCUUGACAGAAUUUAAUGACACUUCACACAAGUGAUCAGUACCAACAGUAGUUGUGCAUGGGGCAUGUUAGGUUCUUUUAGAAAAAAAAUUUGCAGAGUUAUGGGACUUUGUUUUUUGUUACUAUACUAUAUACAUAGACACAAUCUUGUGCGCACCAUCUCUCCUCAUCCCCUUGACACAAUUUAAUGAAACUUCACACAAGUGAUCAGUACCAACAGUAGUUGUGCAUGGGGCAUGUUAGGUUCUUUUAGAAAAAAAAUUUGCAGAGUUAUGGGACUUUGUUUUUUUUGUUACUAUACUAUAUACAUAGACACAAUCUUGUGCGCACCAUCUCUCCUCAUCCCCUUGACACAGUUUAACGAAACUUCACACAAGUGAUCAGUACCAACGUAGUUGUGCAUGGGCAUGUUAGCUUCUUUUAGAAAAAAAUUUGCAGAGUUAUGGGACUUUUUUUUUUUUGUUACUAUACUAUAUAUAUAGACACAAUGUUGUGCGCACCAUCUCUCCUCAUCUCCUUGACACAAUUUAAUGAAACUUCACACAAGUGAUCAGUAACAACAGUAGUUGUGCACGGGGCAUGUUAGGUUCUUUCAGUGACAAAAAUUGCAGAGUUAUGGGACUUUGUAUCUUGUUAACAUACUAUGUACAUACAGUCUGCAUAUGCAAUCUUGUGCAUGCCUAAUCUACCAAACCCUUGCACACAAUUUAAUGAAACUUCACACAAGUGAUCAGUACCUGAACCCUAGUUGUGCAUGGUGCAUGUUACAUUCUUUUAGAUAAAUAUUCUGCAUAGUUAUGGGACUUUGUUUUUUGUUACUAUACUGUAUACAUACAGUCUAUAUAUAUAUACAGUCCACAUAAUUACCGGUAUGCAAUCUUGUGUGCGUCAAAUUGCAAUGUACUGUGUCAGUGCAUGCGGGGGGUACAUUCAUCACCUUUAGUGAUAGCUCUAGUUAUUUUGGGAAUUCCCAAUUAACAGCAUUUUUGUUGCCAAUAUAAUAUCUGAAAUUUUUAUAUGGUUUGUAUAGUAAGGCAGUCCAGUUUGCAUAUGGGUUAUUUGUAAACAUAUUUUUGCAAAUGCCUGCAGAUGUAAGAUUUGGAAGCUUACUUUAAA